GCUGGCCCCGCCUUUCUCUCUCUAACUUUAUUUUAUUUCUGCUCUUCUCUCUCCGCCUGCUUUAACGGGAGCUGCGUUCAACAGCACCGGGGAACUGCUUUGGUUUUCUUUUCCUCAAUAAUCACUUUCGGGGAAAAAAAGAGUCGUUUAUUAUUCGCAACCCGCUCGCUCUGUAAGUUAGUUUUCUACCCUCCAGGAUGGCUGCAGAUACCACCGAGUCCGGUUCUGGUACACCCGUUGUGGAAAGGCUUAAAAGUUACGUGCGGACCCAGAAAGGCACCAUUCUGGCUGCAGAGAUCGUCCUGAGUUUAAUAAUCCUGAUCUGCUACGCUUCAUCCUGGUAUGGAGGCUACACUGCUGUUGCCAUCUGUGAGAUGGUCUUUGCUAUAGUCUUCUUCUGCGUCUUCAUGAUGGAUUUGGACAAGCAGCUUUCUGUCAUCAGCUGGGUGUGGAGUGAUCUUAUCCGCGCUUUAACUGGCACUCUAUGUUACAUCAUCACCUCGCUCAUCUGUGUCAUCAGAGGAGCCGGCGAUGGCGCGCUCAUCGCAGGCGGGGUGUUUGGCUUGAUUGCCGGUAUUCUGUUUGCUUAUGACACGUACACCAUCUACCUGCAAAUCAAGAGCGGCAGGACGCACACAGCAGCUCCCACUGGUGAAGGAGUCUAAGCAGGCCGAGCUGCAUGCAUCUGUCAACGAAGCUGCAGGAACACCGGAACAGAGAGGAGCAGCUAAAUGAGGGAAGACGGACAGUAAAAUGAGCAGGUCACAGUUUUAAUCAUUGCAUCUGUGUUGUGUGCACAAAUAAGGCCGUGGCUGAGAGGAGAUGACAUAACUAAAGUAAGACUGUACAUGUGUGCUACGUGGGGAAUCCCCCACACCAGAGAUAGACCACCAACCUAAACAGGGAAGCCUGUCAUUAGACAGGUAACAUAAAACUCCUGGUGUCUCCUGUAAGCUUUUCUAAUACAUUUCUCUGCUAUUAAUGGACUGCUGUAGGAAAUAUUAACCAUGUUAUUUGGACUUUAGAAGAAACUGAUGCCUUAG